AUGUCACCAGAAGACGUCCGAACUUUGUGCGAUCUCGCCGGCCGCGGCAGCAACUACACAUCCCUCCGACCUCCGCCCCAGCACCACCACCCAAACCCUCACCACAUGGACGCUCCGGCGAGGAACUCGGCCCUUUCUACCUCAACCUUUGGUAGCAACAACAGCGCGCCAUCACUCACAAACAGCGCCGGCCCCUGGAGCAGCUCCGACGCGUCCUUGUGCGGCUCAGAGGCUGCCUCCCUAUCGGGGAGCUAUUUCAGCCAGCAGCCCGGCGGCACUGCUGCAGCCGCCUCCUGGGUCGACGCCGUGGACGCUCCGUUCCUGAUGUCGCCCUCCGUGACACCCUCCCUAUCAGGCUCCGAGUGGCAGGAUCACCACAUCAGCGAGCACCUCUCCUCAACACCGUCACGCGAGAAAAAGGCUGCGGCCAGCAUGAGGUCCCCGUCCUCGGCUACCGUCGCCGGCCGCAAGCCCAUCGAGUGUCCCAUGUGCGCCGUCCACGACGUCUACGUCGGCUUCGGCAGGAAGAGCGACUUCAAGAAGCACCUCCAGAACUUCCACAAUACCGACUGCAUCUGGGUCUGCCCGCAGGGCAACUGCCGCAUGAUCUUUGACUUUGAAAAGGCCUACAUCGCCCACGUCAAGCUCGACCAUCACCAGGGCGAGGCGGCGUACCCUCCCGCCGCGGCGGUUGCGGCAGCAGAACAGGUCAAGGUUGGCCUCUGCGCACAAGUCGUAUUCGCCUGCGGCUUCAUCGGCUGUAAAGAAGUCCUCGAGGCCGCCGACGACAGCGAGGCGCCCAAGACGGCUGACGCCUACUUUGAUCACCUCGCCAGCCACUUUGACAAGCGCAGCAGCACCAUCAACAACACCAGCGGCAGCUGCAACAACAACCUCGGCGUCUCGUCAGAGUGGACAUACUACCACCAGAUGCAGAACCUCCUCCGCCAGCGCUCCCUCAAAGACGAGUGGAAGCACGCCCUCUGGGAUAAAGCCGCGCGCAACCAACUCCGCUGGCAACCCCGCUCCUCGGGCGACCUGAAGAAGCUCCUCGAGUGCCGCCACCUCGCCGACGUGCCGCGCAUCCUCCACGCCGCGUGGACGCUGGGCCAGACGUGCUUCUCCUCCCCUGAGCACCCGGCCCCGGAGUUCCCUGGCGAAGCAACGCGGCCCGUCCGGUCCCGCUGCCCGCUCGCAGGCGAAGGGAGGAACCACGGCGAGCUCCGCGAUGUCGUCUGCGGAAGCGGCCAGCAGCAGCAGCAUGAAGAGCAGCCGCUGUCGGCGAUGACCAUGUUCGCCCUCCGCCGUAGCCUCUUCCCCGUUAAGCUCGCCACCGUCUCGCACCCGCCGCCGCGCUCGAUUCCCGAGGAGCCGGAUUCCCUAGCCUACCCGCACCCGGGUACCCCUCUCGUCAUCCCCGAGCGCGACGCCUGGUCUACGGACGUCGUGCUGGGCCCGCCAGAGGACGAGCAGCUCUUUGACCCCAUGUUUAUGCCGGGUAGCAAGGCGACGACGAAUAUGCUGCAGCAAAACCCCAUCUACCCCUGGAUCGAUGCUACUACAUCUCAACAGCAACAGCAGCAUCAAAGACGGUCUUUCGGCGACUUUGCGCGCCACCUCACACCCUCGCCGCAACCUACCGAAGACCACGACAGCAGCUUCGGCCCCUUGCUCCAGGUCCCUCAAUCCACCUCUGCCACCACCGCCGCCGCCGCGAAACGUCCCCGCUCGUGGGGCAUGAGGAGCCUCGAGAACCUGCGCCUCAAGCGUCGUGGCCGUUCGUCGCCCGUCACGUCACCGGUCGAGGAGAAGGCGGCUUUACCUGGGUGGAUCUGA